AUGCAGAUGUCCCAUUUGAUUCCUGAUGACGAACUCGUGAAAGCAUAUUUCUGUGAAAUAAGCUACACAACUUAUUUGAAUUGCGGUAGCCCUAAAGAGGCUGUCGCUUUACAUGCCGGGUACUGGUGUAACCUGAGGGAACGUAAGGUUGGAAAAGGAAAUACAACCAGAAGCCAUUUGUGGCUUCAGUCAGAGGAUCUUGUCGCCAUGAAGGCCAGCUAUAUACUCGUAUUUACUAUGCUAAUAGUGGAAAUGGAUAAAUAUAUUGAAGAUACUCGUAACAAGGAAGAUCAUUGCUAA